AUGUACAUUUUUAAUUCAUCCUUAUCCUAUUCAACAUCCAACGAUCCACUUAUUCGUUCAACAAAUUCAGGUCGUAUACGUGGUCUUGAUUCAUAUUUUCGUACAUCAGAUUCAUCUCGUCUUUAUCAUGUUCGUACUUGGCUUGGUAUCCCAUUUGCUAAACCACCACUAGGUACACGUCGUUUUAAAAUAGCCGAACGUAUUGAACCAUGGUCUGGUAUACUUAAUGCAACACAAUUACCAACAACAUGUUGGCAAACUGAACAAAUUGUUUACAAUCUUGAAGCUGAAAAAAUCUGGUCACCAAAUACAAAUUGUAGUGAAGAUUGUUUAUAUUUAAAUAUUUGGGUACCAGUUAAUGAUAAUCAUCCAACAUCCAUGGCUGUACUUGUAUGGAUUUAUGGUGGAGCAUUUGUUACUGGUUCAAGUACAUUAGAUAUAUAUGAUGGAAGAAUAUUAGCAGCAACAAAUGAUGUUAUUGUUGUUUCUAUGCAAUAUCGUUUACAAAGUUUUGGAUUUUUAUUUCUUGAUAGACCUGAUGCACCUGGUAAUCAAGGUUUAUAUGAUCAAGUUCUUGCUUUAGAAUGGAUUCAUCAUAAUAUAGGUUAUUUUGGUGGUGAUAGUCAACGAAUAACAUUAUUUGGUGAAUCAGCUGGUGCUGUAUCUGUUGGUUUUCAUUUAUUAUCACCACGUAGUCGAUCAUUAUUUUCUAGUGCUAUUUUACAAAGUGGUGGACCAACAUGUAAUUGGGCAUUUAUAACAGCACAAGAAGCACGUCGACGUUCACAUAAAUAUUUAUUUGAAUUUUAUUCACUUGUUACAAAACGUUUAUCUGAUGAACAAUUUCGUGAUGAACGUAAAAAAAUACCUGAAAUAUGUCAACGAGGUGCAAAUGUUGAUAAUAUUGAAAUUAUGUUUGAAUGUGCAUUGAAUUAUCCAAUUAUAGAUGAAGAUCAUUAUGCUUAUAUAACAAAUGCUGAAUAUACUAUUCAAGAUGGUGGUCCUAUGUUUUUUCUUCUUAUGCCAGUUAUUGAUGGAACAUUUUUACCUGAUGAUCCUAUAACAAUGCUUAAAACAGGAAAUUUUAAGAAAUGUCCUCUUCUAUUAGGUGCCAAUCGUGAUGAAGGUUCCUAUUUCAUGGUUUAUGCUCAAGGUAAUGAAAAAACGCCCGGUAAUGCUAUGCCAAAUGUUAAUUAUGCAACAUUUUUAAAACAUCUUGAACUUUAUUAUACAUAUAUUCCAGCAUAUCCAUUUAAAACUCCUCGUGUUGUUCUUCAAUCAUUAAUUCAUAAAUAUACAGAUUGGUCGGAUUGGUCAAAUAAUAUUCGAAAUGCUGUUAUAUUAAGUCAUGCUGUAGGUGAUGCUCAUUUUACAUGUCCAACAGUUGCUGUCGCUAAUGCAUAUGCAAGUUAUAAUAUGUCUGUUUAUUUUUAUCAUUUUGUUGCAAGACCAUCAACAAGCGAUUGGCAUACAUGGACAGGUGUUAUGCAUGCCGAUGAAAUAAUGUUUGUCUUCGGUGAGCCCUUGAAUACAACUGAUAAUAAAACAUAUAAAUAUGAAGAAAUGCAAUUAGCAAGAAGAGUUAUGAGAUAUUGGACAAAUUUUGCAAAAUAUGAAAAUCCCAAUGGUUUAUCGAUCACAACUACUGGUGAUUGGCCAGUUUAUACGUAUCCUGAACGAAAACAUAUUAUACUUGAUGUAUUUAAUAAAUCAACUGGUAUUGCACAUCGUGCAGAAUUUUGUGCAUUUUGGGAACAUUAUAUACCAGUUUUAUUAGAAGAAUUUGAACGAUGUGUUCUUCAUGGUCGUUCAUCAUCAAUAACAGUUUUAGCUGAAAAAUCCUCAUGUUCACUUAUAUCAAAUUCCUUAUUUAUCAUUUUAAUUUUUUUCUUAAUUAUCAUAGAAAUGAAAUAA